GCUCCCACAGGUGACCCUGACUUUCCUGCUGGCACUGAUGCGUCCCCAAGCGAGUGCAGAGAUAUUCCCUCCAGCUGGAGAGAGAUGGGACAGCAGCUCUUAGGCUGAUGUGAGUGACCUUCUGCGCUGCCCGUCCAGCUGUCUGACCGUCUGCAAGGAGACUUCCUAUUGGCUGGAGCAGGACAAGACAGGUCACCAUGAACGCCGUGCUGGAGGCGCCCGAGCUCCCGGCCGUGUUUGACGGCAUGAAGCUGGCGGCGGUGGCGGCCGUGCUCUACGUCAUCGUCCGCUGCCUGAACCUGAAGAGCCCCACGGCACCACCUGAGCUCUACUUCCAGGACACAGGCCUCUCACGCUUCCUGCUCAAGUCCUGCCCUCUGCUGACCAAAGAGUACAUCCCCCCACUGAUUUGGGGCAAGAGCGGCCACAUCCAGACGGCCCUGUACGGGAAGAUGGGCCGGGUGAGGUCCCCGCACCCCUACGGGCACCGCAAGUUCAUCACCAUGGCGGACGGGGCCACGUCCACCUUCGACCUCUUUGAGCCGCUGGCAGAGCACUGUGUCGGAGAUGACAUCACCAUGGUCAUCUGCCCUGGCAUCGCCAACCACAGCGAGAAGCAGUACAUCCGCACCUUCGUCGACUAUGCCCAGAGGAAUGGCUACCGCUGCGCUGUGCUCAACCACCUGGGGGCGCUGCCCAACAUCGAGCUGACCUCCCCACGCAUGUUCACCUACGGCUGCACCUGGGAGUUCGGGGCCAUGGUGAGCUACAUCCGCAGAACCUACCCGCAGACGCGGCUGGUGGUGGUGGGCUUCAGCCUCGGGGGCAACAUCGUGUGCAAGUACCUGGGCGAGACGCAGGCCAACCAGGAGGACGUGCUGUGCUGCGUCAGUGUGUGCCAAGGCUACAGUGCUCUGAGGGCCCAGGAGACCUUCAUGCAGUGGGACCAGUGCCGGCGCUUCUACAACUUCCUCAUGGCCGACAACAUGAAGAAGAUAAUCCUGUCCCACAGGCAGGCCCUGUUCGGAGACCACGUGAGGAAACCCCAGAGCCUGGAGGACACGGACCUGAGCCGCCUGUACACGGCCACGUCUCUGAUGCAGAUCGAUGACAACUUGAUGAGGAAGUUUCACGGCUACUCAUCCCUGAAGGAGUAUUACGAGGAGGAAAGCUGCAUGAGGUACCUCCACAGGAUCUUCGUGCCUCUCAUGCUGGUGAACGCUGCCGAUGACCCUCUGGUUCAUGAAAGCCUCCUGAGCAUUCCAAAGUCGCUGUCGGAGAAGCGGGAGAACGUCAUGUUCGUGCUGCCCCUGCACGGCGGCCACCUGGGCUUCUUCGAGGGCUCCGUGCUCUUCCCUGAGCCCCUGACCUGGAUGGACAAACUGCUGGUAGAGUACGCCGAUGCCAUCUGCCAGUGGGAGCGCAGCAAGUCACAGUGCUCCGAUACGGAGUCAGUGGAGGCUGACCUGGAGUGAGGCUGCGCCCCCCCCCCCCCCAGGAGCGCCCCGUCGGUCUCUGCACAGGACAGGGUCUUCCUACUGCAUUGGCUUCGGGGACAGGCAAGAGGGCCCCGGUCUUGGCUGCCCUUUUAAACCAAUCACACAGUCACAUCUAGUUUCCCUAUUAAAAAAAAAAUUCUUGACAGCGGUUUUGCUUUGCCAGUCCUAAGGCUCUGCCCAGGGAAGGAGAAGGCCGGGACUCCGUGGGCCGUGCCUGCCUAGACCCUGACAGCCAGAGGCUAGUCCUCCAGCCCCCUGCCCACUCCCGGAGAAUUCCCUGGAGCCCCAGCCAAGCUUUAGAGGGGCUUCCCGCACCCUGCUGUGGAUCAGAAUCGCCAAGGCUUGUUCAAAACCCAGCCUCCCUCCAGAGUGGUCCCUGCCCCUCACCUUGACGGGCGGGGGUAAAGGGAGACCCGGGGAAUUCCAGUUUUUCACAUGGCAGUUCUCCUACCAGGCACAUGGGAGAGGCCAUCCUGCAAGGCCACCGAAUGGGGCACCCUGGCAGAGAGCGCCAAGACCCGACUUCUGAUUGGGUCCCGCUCUAGGUCUCGGGAAAGGCCCGGGCACUGGUCACCUACAAGGGGAUGGGUGUGGGGGCCUAGACAGCUGAGGCCGCUGAGGUACAAUGACAAGCUCAGGAUAUUCCUGGGCGUGCUUCUCCCCGUCCACACCUGCCCUCCUCCAUUUAUCGGUGCCCCUCAGUUCCUAGGAAGGGGUCUGCCGCUUUCGUCAAAUCAGUCAGUGGCAACUUGACGGCCUGUAACCCGAGGUCUGCGUCACUCUGGCCCUGGGUAACCAGACAGCUGGGAAGUCCGGCCUCGGGCGACAGCCUUUUCUCACCCAGGGGGUCCUCCCUGCACCGCAGUCUGCCGUGUGGGUCUCUGGGAGCAGUUCCGCAGCCCUGGAGAUGAGCACUCCCCACGUGGCUCUCCGUGGUGCCCAUCCCCAUGCUCGGACCUUUAAACACCUGCUCUUCGAAAGUCUCAGCAUGCUCUGGGACUGUCGCCGGACGCAAGUGCAAUGAAGGGAGACCCGGAAAAGAAUGUGGCCUGCGGGCUCCUUGGCCCCGGGACAGAGGGGAGAAGAAACCAACCGUGGGUCUCUGCAUGUCGUGUGUGUGUGUGUGUGUGUGUGUGUGUGUGUGUGUGUGUGUGUUGGGGGGGACUUGGAGUGCAUGUAGAGGUACAAGGGAGCACCCCCUCCCCACCCCGGCUUAGGCGCUGGCCCCGGGCUUGCGACAGAGCCGCCUGCCACCUGGACCUGCUCUCUGACAAUCGCUGCGUUGUCUCAAGGCACAGCGUGGCCCCGAAAGACUUGAGGCUCGCGGGACUCGGCCAGGCUCGGCCAUCCUUUCUCCGUGCUCUCCGCUUUGCUGGGGCCGCUGUCUCCCCGCGUUUCCUCGCCCUGGUCUCCGAGGGCAGAGCGGCACUUUAGCAUCUGCCCCGCAAGGUGGAAGCCAGCCCCUCUCCCACCUCUCCCGUGGAGGACCCGGGGGCCGUUUUCCUGCCAUGCCCUUGACUUCUCAAGCCUCAGCGACUGGACCUGCAGACCAUCAACCCGGCCAGGGACCCGCCCCCCCUACUGGACACGCCUCCCGGGGCGGAGCCCUGUUGGACAUGCCUCCAGGGGCAGGGCUCUGUCUUCCCUUUUUUUUUUGCCUUAGGACACAACUCAAAGGUUCCGACAAAGUGGCCCCGGGCCCCAACCUGGUGGGAGGAGAAGGCUCUGUUGAUG